UCCCAGCUUCUGUACCCAUCCUGCAAACCGUCUUUCACAGAUAUGAGCUGAGCAUGACACCGGCAACAUGGCCUGUUGCACAGAAUUACUGCAGAGUGAUGUACACUGAUUUGGCAACAAUCCUGAGUGAUACUGAUUGGCUAAGACUGAAGACAGAAACAAAAAGCAAAGGUCUGACAACACCUGCCUGGGUCGGAUUGUGGAAUGAUAUCAAUAGCUGGCGCUGGUCGUUAGGCGACCUCUCACUGAAGAAUGUCACUUAUACCAACUGGUUCCCUGGGUGUCCUAGUAAUCUUGGUGGAAAAGCAGGGUGUGUUUACCUGUAUUCGGGCACUCUAACUAAUUGGUUUGAUGAUGCAUGUACAAACUACAGACCCUUCAUAUGCUACAAUGCUAAUUUUACUGGCUCUGACAAAUUUAUUAUCAUCACCAAGGCUGCUCUGCCCUGGCUUGAAGCUCGGGCGUACUGCCGACAAUAUCACACAGACUUGGCCAGCGCUCUUAACAGUUCAGACCAAACUAUAUUAACGCAAAUGUCAUCCAUCUUUAAUCCCUGGGUUGGGCUAUACAGAGAUACUUGGAAGUGGUCAGAUGGGACCAAUGCUACAGACCUCCAAUGGGCUCCUGGGAAACCCAAUAAUGCUGGAGGAAAUUAUAACUGUGCAGCUGUUUCCGAAGGAUUCUUCAUUGAUGGCCCCUGCAACAUCCCAAAUAAUUUUUUCUGUCACACACUUUACCUGACAAAGAGUCAGACAAUGAGACUGCGGGUGGAGUCAGACAGGAGUGUGUUCGAUCCUGCUGUGCAGUCACUCAUUUUAGAGCAGAUCCAGCAGAAACUGGAUGAAAAUGGCAUGCUGGAGAACAUCACAGUGACCUGGAAGGUGCAGCCAGAUGGAAAUAUUUUCCACAAGAAGAAAAAGAAUAAUGUGAUUGAGGCAGAGGACAAGAUUUGUCUAAAAUAAAGGAAGAAUGAAUAUCAUUUUAUGGUCUUUUUGUAACAGACUGACUUUGACUUUAAUUUUAAAAGCAAUUUUGAUAAUUCUUUAAUAAUAU